AUGGAGACUUUAGCUCAACUGGAAGCAUUGUGUGAGAGGCUUUAUAACUCAUCGGAUUCUGUUGAGCGAGCACACGCUGAAAGCACUCUGAAAUGUUUUUCCUCAAAUGCUGACUACAUUUCGCAGUGCCAAUAUGUUCUCGAUAAUGCAUCCUCUCCAUAUGCAUUGAUGUUGGCUAGUUCAAGCUUGUUGAAGCAAGUCACAGAGCAAAGCCUUCCUUUACAGCUCCGGAUUGAUAUUCGAAACUAUCUCUUAAACUAUCUGGCCAGUAAAGGACCUGAAUUGGAGCCCUUUGUCCUUGGAUCGUUGAUCCAACUUUUAUCUCGUAUUACAAAGUUUGGGUGGCUAGAUGAUGAAAGAUUCCGGGAGGUUGUUAAAGAGGCAACAAACUUCUUGAGUCAGGCACAAUAUCAUUAUGCUAUAGGUUUGAAGAUAUUGAAUCAGAUUGUUUCCGAGAUAAAUCAGCAUACUGUUGGGUUACAUGCUACUCGUCAACGUAGGAUUGCAAUCUCUUUUAGGGAUCAAUCCCUUUUUCGGAUAUUCCAGAUAUCGUUAACUUCUCUCUUCAAGUUAAAAGCGGAUGUUGGGAGCAAGUUGCAGGAACUGUCUCUGAUGCUUUCCCUUAGUUGCUUAUCAUUUGAUUUUAUGGGGACAUCAUAUGAUGAAAGCUCAGAUGAGAUUGGUACUAAUCAGGUUCCAUUAACUUGGAAACCUGUCCUCGAGGAUCCCUCAACAUUGCAGAUAUUUUUUGACUUUUAUACAAUGAAUCAGCCAUUUUCGAAAGAGGCAUUGGAAUGCUUGUUGCGUCUUGCCUCUACUAGACGAUCUUUGUUUUCUGAUGAUACUGCCCGAUUGAAGUUUUUGUCACAGUUAAUGCUGGGCACCAAAGAAAUUUUGCAAACUGGAAUAGGUCUUGCUGAUCAUGAUAACUAUCAUGCAUUUUGUCGGCUUCUUGGCCGCUUUAAAGUAAAUUAUCAGUUAUCAGAACUUAUAAAUGCGGAAGGCUAUAGUGAUUGGAUACGCUUAGUAGCAGAGUUUACAUUAAAAUCUUUGCAGUCUUGGAAGUGGGCUGGCAGCAGUGUUUACUACCUUCUAAAUUUAUGGUCUAAAUCAGUGACGUCUGUGCGGUAUCUCAAGAGUGACAAACCUUGCCUGCUAGAUGAAUAUGCCCCUAAAGUUAUAGAAUGUUUUGUAUCAUUGAGAUUUGAUUCAUUGCAGUCCGAACUAUCUGAUGAACUUGGUGAAGACCCACUUGACAAUGUAGAAGUGCUUCAAGAUCAGCUUGAAUUUUUCCCUUACCUCUGUAGAUUUCAGUAUGGAAGUUGCAGUUCAUAUUUAAUGAAGAUAGUGGAGCCUAUCAUACAAAGCUACAUGAAGGUUGCAAAUCUCCAAAUCCCCAUGAAUAGCUAUGAACUUUCUGUAACUGAAACCAAACUUGCUUGGUUCACGCACAUUGUUGCUGCAAUACUCAAGACAAAGCAUACGUCUGGUUUUAGUGGAGAAUCGCAUGAGGUACUCGAUGCAGAGAUUUCAGCAUGUGUUCUGCAAUUGGUAAAUAUUUCUGACAGUGGAAUUCACAAUAAGUGGGCUCUGGUUUAUUCAAUUGAUAACAGCCGAGUAGUACAAUAG